UUUUUUAAGUGUACUUAAACUCACACACUUUAUGUAAUGAGGAUUUCAGUGUAGGGCUUUUCUGCAGAAUACCACUUGGUCCUACUAAGAAUUGUCUAUUCAAAUGUUGGAGCAUUUGACUAAAAAUCCUUCUUAGCCUUUUUGAAGAUCACUGACAAAUGAUUAGAACUGAUUCUUUCUGAAACAUCAGCUCUCUUCCUAUAAAAUCCAAAUCUUGCUGUUUAUUUGUGAAUAAGGACCAGACUUCUUGGAAACCACGUUAAUUAGAACUGAGAGUCUGAAAGAAGCAGGUGCUGAACCUUAAUUUUCCCCUAAACAAGAAAAAUGGGUUGUAAUAGAAACUAUGGGCUCAUCGCUGGUGCUGUGAUUGGGGCAGUCCUGGCUGUGUUUGGAGGCAUUCUAAUGCCAGUUGGAGACUUGCUAAUUGAGAAAACCAUUAAAAAGGAAGUUGCCCUUGAAGAAGGUACAACUGCCUAUAAAAACUGGGUUACAACAGGCACAGAAGUUUACAGACAGUUUUGGAUCUUUGAUGUGCAAAAUCCAGAUGAAGUGGCAAUUAAUAGCAGCAAUGUUAAGGUUAAGCAAAGAGGUCCUUACACGUACAGAGUUCGUUAUCUAUCCAAGGACAAUAUUACCCAUGACCCUAUGACGAACACAGUCUCUUUUGUACAGCCCAAUGGUGCCAUUUUUGAACCUUCACUAUCAGUUGGAUCCGAGAAUGACAACUUCACCAUUCUCAAUCUAGCUGUAGCUGCUGCACCACAUCUCUAUCCAAAUGCAUUUGUUCAAGUGUUACUCAAUUCACUUAUCAAAAAGUCAAAAUCAUCUAUGUUUCAAAGGAGAAGUGUGAAAGAAAUAUUGUGGGGCUACAAGGAUCCCUUCUUGAGUUUGGUUCCAUAUCCUAUUUCUACCACAGUUGGUGUGUUUUUUCCUUACAACAACACUGCGGAUGGAGUUUUUAAAGUUUUUAAUGGAAAAGAUGACAUAAGCAAAGUUGGCAUAAUUGACACUUAUAAAGGUAAAAAGACUCUCGGCUAUUGGUCAGAUUAUUGUGACUUGAUUAAUGGUACAGAUGCAGCCACAUUUCCCCCUUUUGUUGAGAAGACCCGGGUACUGCAAUUCUUUUCCUCUGACAUUUGCAGGUCAAUCUAUGCUGUGUUCGCAGAGGAACUUAAUCUGAAAGGAAUUAACGUGUAUAGAUUUGUUCUUCCACCCAAAGCCUUUGCCUCUCCUGUUCAGAAUCCAGACAACCACUGCUUCUGCACAGACAGAGAGGUCUCAAAUAAUUGUACAUUUUUUGGUGUGCUAGACAUUAGCAAGUGCAAAGAAGGAAAACCCGUGAUCCUUUCACUUCCUCAUUUGCUACAUGCAAGUCCUGAAAUUGCAGAAACUGUUGAAGGCUUAAAUCCAAAUGAAGAAGAACAUAAAACGUACUUAGAUGUUGAACCUAUAACUGGAUUUACUUUACGAUUUGCAAAACGGCUACAGGUCAACAUAUUGGUCAAGCCAGCGAAAAAAAUUGAAGCAUUGAAAGGUCUGAAGCGGAACUAUAUUGUGCCUAUUCUUUGGCUUAAUGAGACUGGUACCGUUGGUGAUGAGAAGGCAGAAAUGUUCAAAAGUCAAGUGACUGGAAAGAUAAACCUCCUUGGCACAGUAGAAAUGGUCUUACUCAGUGUUGGUGUGGUGAUGUUUGUUGCUUUUAUGAUUUCAUACUGUGCAUGCAGAUCAAAGACAGCAAAAUAAGCACCAAAUGUAUCUUUACAUCCAUGUGACAGCAACAUCAGGACAUUUGUUAAUACUGACCUAAAAAUGAAGAUUUCAUAUACUUUAUUUUUACAAAACACACCUAAUCUUACAGGUGAAGAAAUGCUGGCACAAUUUCAUUUUUCAUUUUUUUGCAUUAAGUAGCAGCACAUUUCUAAAGGAUUAUUAAGAUGUCAUUAAAAUCCAGACUUUGAACAAGAACUUGGCACGUUUUAAAAUUCAUCAUGUACACAACUGAAUUGAUUUCAGUUUCUACAGACCUGACUCAAGCAUGAACCGAUUAUUUUUAUUUGGUACUGAAUCACAAAUUGGUUCCCUGGUGACAAAUUCAGAAGAGGAAUGGACUUUCUGAACAAAUUCUGGACGCUGCACUCUUAUCUUCAAGGGAAAACACUAUUGGAGUGACCCUGUUCUGUUUCAACAGCCCCCAGACCUGUCAGCACAUCACAUUUAAUGAGCAUCACCUAUUUUCAAGGACACUGAACAACGGAAAAUAAAUGAUUAGCUGGGAGUCAUUCAUUAUACAUAAGUUUCUUUCUCUCUGGAAUUCUUUGUACAGCAACAGCAGGCAAUACAAUUAUGUUCUUUAUAACAAUAUGGGCUUACAUUUUUGUCACUGAUUACGCAAAUGGAUGUCACUGUUAGCAUAUUUUGGCUCCCCAUGUUUAAGGAAUUUGUCAUUUUCCACAUUCUGCAGCUCUUCUGGAAAUCUGAGUAGAUUUUGAUCGUUCCACUCAGUUACCUACAACUUCUGCUUCACAACUUCAGAACACUGUGCUAGUAUUAAAAGAUAUAAAUGAGAAUAAAGGAACUGUAUGAACGAAUACAAAGAA